AUGACAUCCGAAGAACCAAUCGAUGUGGUCACCAAAUCCGAGAAAAAGACCGGAACGAAUUUCCCGAGCGAGAACUCGGAUAACAACAAAGCGGGAAAACUCGCGGAUGGACAAAAAAAACGCUCACAAGAGUUAAUGCGACUUGUAUAUGAGUUACCCGAAGAUUUAAAUAAAACGGAUCUAAACGUAAACAACAAUAUGUUAAAAGAGAACCCACCGAUUACAAUAGUUGAAAUAACGGAACAGAAUGGUUGUGAAACAGACUUAGGGAGUGCAAGACGAUGUGAUAGUAAUAACUUUGUAUUCGACGUGAUCGCUGCAAACGAAAUAAUAAUGCAAUGCCCGGACGAAUUAAAGGAAGUCAUUAAUCGAUCUUCACCUGAAGAUUGCACUGAUGAAGAUUUAGGGGAAUUGAAGAAAAUAUUGGAAAACAAGCCAAAAGUUUUAGAGAGGUAUUUACGGGAGUGUGCAACGUCUGAUGAAAUAUCUCGAAUUCAUAAUUUAACGUCAGGCGGCCCGUUGUCUCCAAGACCGCGUCAUGAAGCACGGAGUACGUCAGUGACAUCAGACCUGUUCCAACUGUGGCUGUCAUCAUCUCCAGUUAAGCGGUCGCGAUCUCCGAGCAGCUCAGCGCAAAGGCAGCUCGACGAGGCAGACCUAUUUAUGGACUUAAUCAAAGACGUCGCGAAUGAGUUAGAUAUUGAUGUUCUUUGUCACAAGAUCCUGGUAAACGUGUGUUUGCUGACAUCAGCUGAUCGGGGAAGCUUAUUUUUAGCCAAAGGAAUUCCGCCUCAUCGCUAUCUUCAAGCGAAACUUUUCGAUGUCACGAGGGAUACAGAGCUUUACGACGCAUUGCGGACGGCUAGAACACAGGAAAUCAGAAUACCUUUUGGUGUGGGUGUAGCAGGAUUGGCGGCCCAGACAAAACAUCCGAUUAAUAUAAAAAAUGCUUACGCCGAUCCAAGAUUUAACAGCGACAUCGACGCUCGAACUGGGUAUAAGACUGAGCUUAUACUAUGUAUGCCGAUUUGCAACUACGAAGGUGAUGUCGUCGGAGUUGCCCAGAUCAUAAACAAAACGGACGGCUCUAAAGAAUUUUCUGCACGAGAUGUUGAAGUAUUUCGACGAUACCUUACGUUCUGUGGUAUCGGGAUCCAAAACGCUCAGCUGUUCGAGUCAUCAGUACUUGAGUAUAAAAGAAAUCAGAUUCUUCUAGCAUUGGCUAGAAGUAUUUUCGAGGAACAAAGUAACUUGGAAUGCUUGGUGACUAAAAUUAUGACAGAGGCACGAGAAUUGCUGAAAUGUGAAAGAUGCGCAGUUUUCUUGUUAGACACAGAUCAUUGUGAAUCGAGUCAUUUGGAGCGUAUAGUUCAACGACCUGGGGGUCAACGAAGUGGCACAUUAGCUCUGCCGCCACCAGCACCGACACGGUUUCAUACCCUCUUUGAAUUAGGAGCUAAGCAUUCGAAGACUACGCUCACACCUCGCCAUGAUAAUCGAUCCACGUUAGCUUCUAUAGCUCUUGCGGUGGCGCAAUCUAAUAAAGCUCUAAAUAUAUCGGACGUUGAUGACUGGAGAAAAGAAAACGGCAUGAUUGUUGCGGACAUUGAAGCAGAUGAUGCAGUAAACGUUAGGACGAUGUUGUGCAUGCCUAUUGUUAAUGCUAACAAAGAUGUGAUUGGUGUAGCGCAGUUAAUUAAUAAGGAAAAUGGUUCGCAAUUUACGGAUGGCGAUAUAUCGAUAUUCGAAGCGUUUGCUAUUUUCUGCGGUCUUGGAAUCCAUAAUACACAAAUGUACGAAAACGCUUGUAAACUUAUGGCGAAGCAGAAGGUUGCAUUGGAAUGUUUGUCAUACCACGCAACAGCAUCGACCGAGGACACAAAUAAAUUGAGUCAAGAUAUAAUUCCUUCUGCAGACAGCUACAAUCUAUAUAGCUUUAAAUUUCACGAUUUUGAUUUAACGGACGAAGACACUUGUAGAGCAACGUUGCGUAUGUUCUUGCAAUGCAACCUCGUUGAGAAGUUUCAUAUACCUUACGAUGUUCUCUGCCGUUGGAUAUUAAGUGUGAAGAAAAACUAUCGACCAGUGAAAUACCACAACUGGCGACACGCCCUUAACGUUGCUCAAACGAUGUUCGCAAUGCUCAAAACCGGCAAAAUGGAGCGAUUCAUGUCCGAUCUCGAGAUUUUGGGACUUCUAGUUGCAUGCCUUUGUCACGACCUUGACCACCGUGGAACGAACAACGCGUUUCAAACUAAGACGGAAAGUCCUCUCGCAAUUUUGUAUUCAACUUCUACCAUGGAACACCAUCAUUUUGAUCAAUGUGUAAUGAUAUUGAAUAACGAGAGUAGUAAUAUAUUUCAGGCUUUGUCACCAUGUGACUACAAAGAUGUAAUGAGGGUUGUUGAAACAGCAAUACUUUCAACUGAUUUAGCCAUGUACUUCAAGAAGAAAUCAAAAUUCCUUGAGCUCGUUGAUAAUGGAGAGUUCGAUUGGCAGAGUCCAGAAAAGAAAGAAUUGCUUUGUGGCAUGAUGAUGACAGCAUGUGAUGUGUCAGCAAUAGCAAAGCCUUGGGAAGUACAGCACAAAGUAGCUAAGUUAGUGGCUGAUGAGUUCUUCGAUCAAGGUGACUUAGAAAAAUUGCAGCUAAACCAACAACCGAUUGCUAUGAUGGACAGAGAGAAAAAAGACGAACUGCCACAGAUGCAAGUAGGUUUCAUCGAUAUGAUCUGCUUACCACUUUAUAAAGUUCUAUCAGAUACGUUCCCAUGGAUCCAGCCUUUGUACACUGGAACAAUGGAGAACAGGCAGCGGUGGCAGGAUCUCGCCGAAAAAGUGGAAAUGGGUCUUACUUGGAUUGAUCAUGACACCAUUGAUAAACCUAUCGAAGAAUUCACAGCAUCAAAUGAAGCAAUAAAAGAUGUUGAAUUGACUGUUACCACACUUAACUGCGCAAAACCUGUACCAGAAACAAGUAACAUGGCCCUUGUAAAAAAAACUUAUUCGUUAAGACGACCAAAGCCCGGAAACUUUCCACCGCGGCCACCUCGGAAUAAAUUUACUAGAUCCCUCUACGCGCCAAGCUCUCAGCUAGAAGAGAAAGAGAAGACACAAACGAUGGUACUGACAGACAAGAACAACCAUUCAACCGUGGUGACAGAGCCAGAACGGACUUUCCACUGGACUAGUCAGAGCAGUACAGAGAAAAAGGACAAAGUAAAGCCGUCCAAAUCUAUCGACUAA